AUGAACACCCCCAUGCUGCAGUGCAUCAUCUGUCCCGGACAGCCUCGAUUCAGUGAUGCUUCACAUCUUUUGACCCAUGUUGCUUCGAAAUCUCAUCUGUCCUAUUACUUCAAGCUUCAAGUCCGCAGCCACCAAGAGACUCAAGCGAUCGAACUCCUCGAACAAUAUGACGAGUGGUACAGCGCCAACAACCUCGCACAAUUGUUGUCCGACAGAAUGACCUCCAAAGAUGAUCGGAAGAAAAAGCACAAGUCACAUCCGAAGGGACCAGUCGGUUGCAGUGUUCAGCGUCAACAGAGAAGCUCACGGAGGUCGAGUACAAAAGAUCAUAGCCUGUCGACAGCCCCCGCCCUUCCCGAAUACCUCGAUCCCCGUCUGGCGAAUGGUGCAGAGAAUGUGGAACAUAACAUGAAGUCCGAGGAUGUCUCAUUCGUCUCAUGCUAUGCAACCCCAGCCACAUCUACGGCUAUUGAUGGCCAUCCUAUCAUGGAGAUAGAGGCUCAUCUCAGAAUGAGCAUAACACAUUCUAUGGGGGUUUUGAAUCACAAUGGAGAACAUGGGGAGGAUUGCAGUCGUGUCGAGAAUGCCUAUAACCCGUUUCCUGAAACACCCAAGCAUCAACGGACGAGAGAAAGACCGGAUGACAUGCCUUCAGCAAUGGGUUACGACAUAGUAGAUCCGUUUGUGGACAACAGAAGGCUUUCCGGGGCUUCAAACGACAUGGAAGCUGAUAAGGAGCGAGCAGAUGAGAUGGCGAGGCUGAAGGGGAUACUGUGGCCCGGGAUGGAUAUAUUUGAUUCGGCAACUCAACAAAUGCGGCGCAAGCGUAAUCAGAAAAAGGACGGGAAUGUGCUGAGGAUGAUGGAGAUGACAUCCUUGCAGGUGGAGCCUACUGAGCUCAUUUUUUCACCAACGGGACUAUUUAGGAAGCAGCGCACGAUCACUGGUAAUGUUGAAGAUAACAGUCCCUUGAAAGGAGAGACGCCGAUCCCAAAGCGACGACUGUCUCGCUCCAAGAAAGGGGUUCUUCGUCGAGCCGACCCUAAUCGACCACGAGCCCAAGACCGAAGGCGGUCCAAAAGGACUGUCAACAGCAAUCGCAACAAGACCGGAUUCACGGCAUAUGGUGCCAAUUCUGGUUCUCCACCUCAAUUUGAUAGAGGAUUGAAAGACCUCGGAACAUCAUAUACUCCCGACGACGGCGAAAUUGGUCUUGCUGUGCAGGCAUUUGGAAAGCGAGCCCGCAAUGCGUUUACCAUAUUUGCCGACGAAGAUGAUCGGAGCAAAGCGGGAUACAAAGAUCAGCCUGCACACUCUAAGCCCUCUCGGGAAACAUUGACACCAGCUCGUUUGGUUCUGAACAGCAAGCAUGACUCCAAUGAUCAUGUAGGAAACCCUGGCCCAUCGGCACUGGAUAAAGAAAACAUUGAACCGAUGAUGGCUCCCCAAGGCCGAAUUGGCUUGCAUGGUUGGCACUCGCCAUUUCCAAGACGAAACGAUACGGACAAUGCAGGGUAUACGCCAGGUUACUACUAUGAUGAGCCGUCUCAUGGAGAUCUUGGACAUGACGACGGAUCCGAAACUGCUGCAUACCGAUCCAACCCUCUCCUGGCGCCGGGCUCAAAAAUGGAAUACUACGAGGCCAGCUCAUACGGACAAGAUAUAAUGAUGGCUCACGGAGUUUGGACAGCUUCUCUACAUCAUGCAUCUUCAAAUGCGACCAUCUCCGAGGAAGAUCAUCAUGAUCUUGCCCAGCUAUAUUUAGCCACACACGCAGACUAA